GUCAGAGGGGCUGAGAAAGCCUCCCUGAAACUGCUCAGCUGCUAACGGCCAUGAGUGACUGAGGACACUGGAUAAAUAUAGCCCCGACGCUGCUCGGCUCCACACUCCACGCUCUCAUCCUCAGAACAAAAGAGCGAGAGAAGAAAACAAGACUUCUGAAAAAGGAAAUCAGACCUCUUUUGUUGUCCUCUCUUUCCCUGGCUGAAUUUCCCUCUCUAUCUCUCUCUCUGUCUCUCUCUCUCUCUCUUUGAGGAUAAAAUUAAAACAGAAGCGGGAAAAGAAAUGUUCUGACCUCCUCCCCUUUCCUAUUGGUCUCUCUCUCUCUCUCUCUCUCUCUCUCUCUCUCUCACACACAUCCUCUCCGAGUAUAUGCCUCUGUUGGGUUAAAUUUAGAGAGAGGGGAGAGGACAGUCUUUAUUUUCUGCAUUACCAUUCUGAAGCAGAGCAGGCAGAGAAAAAGAAGAAGAGAAGCAUUAAAGAGCCUGUCUUGGCAAUAGUAUGUGCUCUGGAGGCUAUCAGCUGAGGUCAGAAACCUUGGGAAAGGUUGUUUCUGCUUGAGGAUUACAUUAUCUCUGACUGAACCUUGACCCGUUCGCGACGACCUGAGACCGGGGACCACUGAAAGCAGGCAAGGAUGAGGUCCAGAAACGGUGCAGUAGAUGGGCCAGCCAAUGAUCAGCUUGGUGUCCUCCAGCCAUCCGUUGGCAUCAACGAGGAAGAGGAAGGAAAAAUCCAUGCUUCUAAGAAGAGGAGAAUGAAACCUCAACAGGAGGAGAAUGGAGAGAUUAUGAACUCUGGGACACUGACAACCUCUCAUAUAUCCUCAACGAACAGCAGUCAGAAAAAGGGAUUAACAGAUCUUUCAAAAGAGGAUCUUCUCCACCUUUUGGGAAUUAUGGAGGGUGAGGUUCAGGCACGGGAGGAUGUCAUCCGCAUGAUGGAGUCCGGAAGGAUCCAUCCCAAGGUUCUGGAGGCCCAGUACGGCUCCGCCGCCCCUCCCAAGGCCCUCCACGCUCUGUACCGAGACGGCCUGCUCGCCAAGUCCAAAAGCGCAGGCGGGGACGUGUACGAGACGCCCAUGGUGGAGCUGGAACGCCUGGAGGGUAAACACCGCGAGGCUUACCGCCGCAUGCUGGAGCAGCUGCUGCUGGCGGAGAAGUGCCACCGCCGCACGGUCAACGAGCUGGACGGCGAGAAGCGCAAGCACGUGGACUACAUGAACAAGAGCGACGACUUCACCGACCUGCUGGAGCAGGAGAGGGAGAGGUUAAAGAGUCUGUUGGAACAAGAGAAAGCAUACCAGGCUAAGAAAGACAAAGAACACAACAAGCGUCUGGAGAAAGUGCGACAGGAGUUGGUCAAGCUCAAAUCCUUUGCCCUAAUGCUGGUGGAAGAGCGACAGCUCCACAUUGAACAGAUCCAUCAGGAGAGCCAGAAGGUCCAGGACCUCAGCCAGAAGCUUCAGGAGAAGGAACAAAGGCUGUCAGCCGUUGACGGGAAAGCCAAGGAGGACACCCAGAAGAUCCUGAAGCUGGAGGUGGAGCUGGAACACAAGACGACCAGGUUCACAAAGGAGCAUGAGGAGAUGACCGCCAAGCUGACCCACCAGGAGACCCAGAGCCGACAGCUGCGCCUGAAACUGGCCAGCCUGACACGCAGGAUUGAGGAGCUGGAGGACAGCAAUGCAUCCCUGCAGCGGUCGGAAGAGGAGCUUCAGGAGCUGAGGGAUAAGAUCAGCAAGGGGGAGUGUAGCAAUGCCAACCUGAUGACAGAGCUGGAGACCCUUCGCAAAAGAGUCCUGGAGAUGGAGGGCAAGGAUGAGGAGAUCACCAAGACUGAGGCCCAGUGCAGGGAGCUGAAGAAGAAGCUCCAGGAUGAGGAACACCAUAGCAAGGAGCUGAAGCUAGAAGUGGAGAAGCUUCACAGGAGGAUGGUGGAGCUAGAGAAACUGGAGGGAGCUUUAAAUGUGAGCAAAGUGGAAUGUGCUCAACUGCACAUCAACUUGGAAACAGAAAAGAGCUUAUCGAAAGACUUGACUAGUGAGCUGGAAGUGGUUAAAAGCAGAGUGAAAGACCUUGAGUCUUCAGAAUCGAGGCUCGAAAAGGUGGAGAUGAGCUUAAGGGAUGACCUGAAAAAGCUGAAGUCUUUUACGGUGAUACUAGUGGACGAGAGGAAUAAUAUGGCUGAAAGGAUUAAACACGAGGAGAAAAAGAGUGAUGAUUUUAAUCUGAUGUUUAAGGCUGAACAAGGUAAGGUUAUGGAAGUUACAGAAAAGCUGAUUGAGGAAAGCAAGAGGCUUCUCAAGCUGAAGGCAGAGAUGGAGGCUAAAGUGACUACGCUCACAAGAGAGAAAGAUGAACUGAAGAUUAAACUUUCAAGUGAAGAGGAACGAUGCAAGGAUCUGAACUCAAAGAUCAGUCUGAUGAAGAAGAGGAUGGAGGGCCUGGAAGAGGCCGAGAGGGAAUGUGCCAGAUACAAGAAAGAGGAAGUAAGACUCUCAGAGGAGGAGAGCAAAGUACAGGAAUUAACACUGGAAAUUGACAGGUUAAAGAGUCGCCUCCAGCAGCUGGAGGUGGUGGAGGGGGAUCUGAUGAAGACAGAGGAUGAGUAUGACUUACUGGAGAAAAAGUUCAGGACAGAGCAAGACAAGGCUAAUGCUCUCUCACAGCAAUUAGAGGACAUGAGGAAUCAGAUAGCCAGAAACAAGGCAAUAGAGAAGGGAGAGGCAGUGAGCCAGGAAGCUGAGCUGAGACAAUGGUGCAAGAUGGAGGAGGCCAAAACCCUGGACCUCCAGGCUGAUGUUCAGGCACUCAAGGAGAAAAUCCAUGAGCUAAUGAACAAAGAGGACCAGCUUUCUCAGCUGCAGGUGGACUACACUGUUCUUCAGAAAAGGCUCAUUGAGGAAGAAAACAAAAAUAAAACCAUGAACCAGGAAGUGCGCAACCUCACGAAAGAGCUAGAGGUCACCAAACGGUACAGCCGUGCCCUACGGCCCAGCAUGAACGGGAGGAGGAUAGUGGAUAUUCCCCUGAACUCCACUGGAGUGCAGACAGACAUGGUGGCUAACGAGACCUCAGAAGAGGACACGCCUGCUGUUUUCAUCCAGAAGUCAGUCCUGGAGGAGAAUCACAUCAUGAGUAACCUGCGGCAGAGGGGACUAAAGAAGCCGACUGUACUGGAUCGCUGCCCUACUUCAACUAGCGAGCUCAAUUUGAGGAAAUCCUGGAUCCCCUGGAUGAGGAAAAAGGACACAGUUACACAGAAUGGUUCUGAGAAGACGGCACUUGUAAAUGGAGAGCCACCAAGCUCAUCCCCUGAGCUGACGAUGUCUCAAAAGAAAGGACAGCCUCUGCAUAUCCGUGUGACCCCUGACCAUGAGAACAGCACCGCCACCCUGGAAAUAACCAGCCCCUGUGCUGAAGACUUCUUCUCCAGCACUGCUAUCAUUCCCAACCUGGGGUUGCAGAAGCCAAGGAUCACCAUCAUUCCCAAACCCACCAUUAUACCCCCAAAGAGCAUGAGCAUGGUCAGCCAGGGAACAGCGGGGCCAGACCGGGCCAAGUCUCCUGUCACCAUCACCACCAUCUCCAGGGCUAAGUCACCCGAGAGAAGCAACUCGUCUUUCUCCGAAAGGCCCGUGUCUCCCGUUUCGAUCAUAACGGUAAACUCUUCUGCAGUGCCCAAUGUGUCCGGCUCGUUGGAGCACCAGGAGAUGACCAUGGGUCGGGCUGUGUUCAAAGUCACUCCAGAAAAGCAAACGGUGCCUACACCCAUUAGGAAGUACAACUCCAAUGCCAGCAUCAUCACCACCACUGAGGACAACAAGAUCCACAUCCACCUGGGGUCUCAGGUCAGGAGACCCACAGAAGGCAGCGGGAACUCUGCAAUCUCAUUAAGGCCUGUGGCUGUGACAGCGGAGAGCAAGGAUACAACCACUGGAACGGUGCUACGCUCCCCUCGUCAUGCCACCACAUCCAACAAGGCCACACCCAGCAAAGUGACGAGCAGCAUUACCAUCACGCCCAUCACCUCUGCGCCUUCCAGACCAACUCAAUCUGUGCCCGGGCAGGACAUGCAGUCACCUCGGGCAACGCCCACACGCAUCCCUAUGUCAAAAGGUAUGAAAACAGGGAAAUCGGUUCCGGGAACGCAGGGGAUCCCCGCGGCAACAAGGAUAGAGUCGAGGCCCGAGAGCCAGUCGAUGAAGAUCGAACUGAAGAAGUCUUCGUUCAGCAGCGCUGGCCCAGUGGGGGGAGGCAAGGGCUGAGGUCAGUACGGCUGUCAUUGAAAAUACUGUAAAACCAGCCACUGUGCAGCCAACAUGCACUAGCUCCACCGACCUGUACCUCAGUGUAACACCGGGAUAAGCCAUAUCAAGCCGAGAGGACUCUCUCCUGUCUCCUCCAACUACUCUGAGGCAGAAAAUGAACAAAACUCAGCAGUAGGUCAAUACAGUACUAACUUUUUUCAAAUGUGUAUUUAUUAUAUUAUUAUAGACAAUUGUGUUUUAAAAUGAGCCCUUUUUAUGUGUAUGAAUGCCGUUGUUAUGGCCCUGAUUUAAAUUGUUAGCAUGCUACUGUUAGAGUGAAUUCCAGUGUUUGAAUUCCUUACUGGGCUGUACUGUUAGUAGGCCCCACGUCUAUGCUAGUCAUGGUCUCACACUUACAUUUUUUUUCACUCUCUUUAUAAUUUUGUUUGGUGAGGAUGUCGGCAUUUCAUUGGAAGGAUUCCAUAUUGACGUUACUUGGGAAUUACGAGAAGCUGGAUGGCAAGUGCACAGUGGAGCUUGCUGAAUUCAGUCGGUGCGCUGAACAAAUAUUAAUAUUAUUUACAUUAAACAUCUGUAUUGUCAGAAUUAAUACACACUUUGUUUUAUCAGUAUAUAAGCAUUAUGGAGAAUUGAUUGCUGAAUAUCUAGCAUUGAAAAAAGAGGCACUUUGAAAUUCAAGGUAUUAAAAGAGUUUUUUCUCUUGAGUGUAGUUCUGUUUGUAACAUGAUCAGCAAACCUCAAAAAAGAAAAAAAAGAUAUGUGAAUAAAGUUUGUUUAUUUUGUAA